AUGAGUCUCAGGGAGCUCAACUGGACGCUGAUCUUUUCUGUGUCCAAGGCAUUCGUGUCAGAUAUGGAAAGCAUUGCUCAAGGUUUGGCUGCCAACAAUCUUGCCCUCGUCGAAUUGCCAAUAUCAAUGGACCCUCAAAUGAAGAAUCAUCAUCUAGAAGGGUCCAGAUGCGUGGUGAAAAACAAGAAUGAUUUGACCGACUACGAAGGCCUCGCAGUGCCAAAUGCACGCCCGGAUUCUUUUCCGCUCAAAUUACCGCAUGUGGAAGAGGCGGCUGUGACUGUCACCGAGCCGAAGCCAGUUUCCUACGGACUUCUUUCCGAAGUCAUGAUAGCCAUUGGUCACGAUACCGAGGAAAACUCACUUGGGUCGAAGAACUGA